ACGGCACGCUGGGCGCGGCGGUCGCCGGAUUUCUCGGUAACCGCAGCUCGCUAGGCGGGCGUAGAGGAAAGGCCGUACGCGGGCGGGCAGUGACUGCGGGGCCCGCCGUCGCCCGGGAAUCUCGGGCUCUGCUGCGGACGCGCCUGGGCUGCGCGGGAAGGUCAGGGCCUGAGAGCCGCUCGCCCGAGUCUCAGUUUCCCCAGCUGUGCAGUGGGGCCAAGUGCAGCACCGCCACCAAGGCGGGUCCUGAGGAGCAUCCAAACCCUCGCGAGGACUGUCGCGGCAGUUCACAACUUCUGGCCGAGCGAGGGGACCGGGAACUUCAUUUCCCAGAGUGCCCCGCAGGACGCCGUCUCCCAGAGCGCCCCGCGAGUGGCCUGAGGGUGGGGACUCCAUUUCCCAGAGCGCCCCGCGUCUUCCGGACCCGGACGCCGCGGCCUGUUGUCGCUGGGGCAGUGGGUCUCGCCGGGACGGCGUUCCGGAGGCGACGGCGGCGCAAUGGACAGCCCCGAGGUCACUUUCACGCUGGCCUACGUGGUGUUCGCCGUGUGCUUCGUGUUCACCCCCACCGAGUUCCACUCGGCCGGGCUCACGGUGCAGAACCUGCUGUCGGGCUGGCUGGGCAGCGAGGACGCCGCCUUCGUGCCCUACCACCUGCGCCGCACGGCCGCCACGCUGCUGUGCCACUCGCUGUUGCCGCUAGGCUACUACGUGGGCAUGUGCUUCGCAGCCUCAGAAAAGCGGCUCUACUCCCCCAGCCAGGCCCCGGAGACCUGGCGGGGCUUCCUCCUGCUGGCAUUGACACUGCCCACCAUCGCCUGCACCCUGAUCUACUACUGGUCCCGGGACCGGUGGGCCCACCACCCACUGGCCCGCACCCUGGCCCACUAUGCCCUCCCGCAGUCAGGCUGGCGGGCCGUCGCUUCCUCCGUGGACACCGAGUUCCGGCGGAUCGACAAGUUUGCCACGGGGGCGCCGGGUGCCCGUGUGAUUGUGACAGACACGUGGGUGAUGAAGGUGACCACGUAUCGUGUGCGCGUGGCCCAGCAGCAGGACGUGCACCUGACCGUGACGGAGUCCCAGCAGCACGACCUCUCCCCAGACUCGAACCUGCCCGUGCAGCUGCUUACCAUCCGCGUGGCCAGUGCCAACCCUGCCGUGCCGGCCUUCGACAUCCGGCUGAAUUCCACGGAGUAUGGUGAGCUGUGUGAGAAGCUCCGGGCGCCCAUCCGCAGCGCGGCCAACGUGGUCAUCCACCAGAGCUUGGGCGACCUGUUCCUGGAGACCUUCGCCUCCCUGGUGGAGGUCAACCCGGCCUACUCGGUCCCCAGCAGCCAGGACCUGGAGGCGUGCAUCGGCUGCAUGCAGACCCGGGCCAGCGUGAGGCUGGUGAAGACCUGCCAGGAGGCGGACGAGGGCGAGUGUCAGCAGUGCUGUUGCCGCCCCAUGUGGUGUCUCACCUGCAUGGGCAAGUGGUUCGCCAGCCGCCAGGACCCGCAGCGCCCCGACACCUGGCUGGCCAGCCGUGUGCCCUGCCCCACCUGCCGCGCGCGCUUCUGCAUCCUGGAUGUAUGUGCUGUGCGCUGAGCCCGCCAGAGGGACCCCGCCACUGCCUUGGGGAGUAGUUGGGCCUCUGGGCCCUGGUUUGGGCUGUCAUGGGUGGCUCAUCCCUGUGUGGCGACUCACCAGUGCAGAAGGGCUGAGGCUGCAGUAGGGCUGGGGUUUUGGUUUUAAAAAGAAGUUUUCUGUUGAAGUUCUGUCUGCGGCAGCGGGAUGGGUUCUCAGCGCCUCUGUCUCCCCGACUCUUCGUGCUUCCAAAUUAGGGGGUAGAUGCUGGGCACGCAGAACGUGGUGUUGGGUCCAUCUCCAGAGCAUUCUGGGGCCCCCUGAGCUGUGUUCUGGGAGACCCUGUCGUCUGCCCCAGAUGGCCCUAACUUAAGCCACUUGCCUUAAACGUAUGGGGCACAUGAACCUUAACUGCUCGUCAGUUAUACGACAGACUCGGAUUUGCCCGAGACUGCAGUCUAUCCUGCUCCUGUCCCCAAGCCGGCUGCUGGCCCUGUGGCAUUGGCACCCUCCACUCCCCCGACGGAGGCUGCUCUGAGGACCUGGCGCAGAGCUAAUUGGUGGAGGGUGAGAGCGCUGCCCAGGGUCUGCUGGUGAUUGUGGGCAGCCAAGAGCCCACUCCUGGGGAGGUGGGUGGCCCCUGCCUGCUCCCUGCCCAGGGAUACCCUGGGCUUCCCAUCAGGGGCUGGCUGCUUUCAGCUGCCGUUCUCUUAGCCGCGUGCUUGUGGGGGCCGCCCACCCCUUGGAGGGGCCUGUAACCACGUGCUUUCUGCUGCUCCUGCGAGUCCAGGGAAAGGGCCAAGUUUCAGACUCCUGCUAGCGAGGGCACUGAGUUGAAGACCAUGCUCCACAGCAGCGUCCUACAUCCGGAUGACAGGCUUGUUGGGACUCAGCACGGGGCUGGCCAUACCUCGCAGGGUCCACCCACUUAGGAAGGGAAGUGCCCAGCAGUCAGGACAAUGGCAGCUGUCUUCCCAAUUCCUGUUGGUGCAGGAGGGGAGCAGGGAGGCAAGUGCCAGGUCCCUGGGUACAGCUCUGACAAACGGGACUGUUGGAGGGGCCCUAAGCCCCCUAAACCUGGUCAUUCUAAGCAGGGGAGAUGGACUCAGCUGGCCCAUCUCACCCAAGGCUGCACCAAAGCCAGGGAUUUGGAAGCGAGAAGCCCAGCUUUGUGGUCCUCGGGGGUGCCCACAGACGAAGGCCAUCAGAGGGGCAGGCGGGAGCCAUGCCCAGCCUCAGCCUGGAGUUGCAAACCUUGGCAAGGGAGAGCCAGGCCUGGGGCUAUCUUUUCUACAAAAGAAACUUACUUAGUUUUAUAAAGAUAAGUCUAUUGUAGUGAGGUGAUACACUAUUUAAUAAAAUGUUACUAUGAGUUUAUA